AAAGCAGCACAGGCAGGCUCUGAACAGGAACAGUUCUACCCAGAGUGUACCCUGGAGAACAACAGGCCAAGCAGCACAAGUGAGCCAGCCCCGGGCCACGCAGGGAACACCCCAUUCCCACACCACUUUGAGGAGGAGGAGGAGGAAGACGACGAUCUCAAUGAGGCCUUUUCUAGCUGCACAGAGGAGGGCGCUCCGGAUCCAGCAGACUUUGGGUCUCCCACACCAGAAGGCAACUCGUCCAUCACACACUUACCGAGGAGUUGGACCCCGCCCAGCCUGCCCCCAGCACAGCAGGAUGAAGUGGGAUUGGGGCACUGGAGACCAAACACCCACCUGCCACAAGGGACCCUCCGCUAAAGCUUCUGUGGGCCAACGAGGCUCGAUCAUCAGUCUUCCGGUACUGAUGUAUCCCCGUAAUGGACUGACCAGUCAGAGCCCUCUCAGUGCCUGCAGCUCAGAGCGGUCAGCACCAAGAGCAUCUCUUCCCCACACUGUGCCUGAGGCAUCUCCUCGCUCUCUGUGCCUUUGGGGUCCCUGCUCUGCCCCGGGGGUUUGGUUCCCUGACUUUUUGGUGGGUUCGAUUGUGCUAGUGCCAGGGAAGCUGCCAUGCCAGCAACUUCCUGAAGCCAGCCCUGAGCUCCCUUCACGACCUCUGUCCUUCCUGCCUCCCUCCUGCUGUGUAGGGAGUCAGAGACUCCAGAGGGCUGCCCACUGCUUCAGGCCGAAGAAUGGGGUUAGACUUUUCUUCUGGGUAGGUAACACCCCCUUUGCUGUGGCUCUAGGGCACCCAUUGCAUUAAUCAAGCGAGCACAAAGCUGCAGGCCCUGCUUGCUCCCUUUGUGACUGUGAGGUGGAGUCCCUGCCCCCUUCGCUACAGACUCUGUCAUGUGGUGAAACCUUUGAUUUUUAAAGGAGACUAUCACCUUUGUAAAAUGUGAUAAAAGGAGUUUUUUACAUUGUAA